GUUAUUCAGCUUCUUAAAGCUGGGAAAGCCAAGGAAGUCUCAUACAAUGCCCUAGCCUCACACAUCAUUUCAGAGGAUGGGGAUAACCCUGAGGUGGGAGAAGCCCGGGAGGUCUUUGACUUGCCUGUUGUAAAGCCUUCCUGGGUGACUCUGUCCGUGCAGUGUGGAGUUCUCCUGCCAGUCAAUGGUUUCUCUCCAGAGUCCUGUCAGAUUUUUUUUGGACUCACUGCCUGCCUUUCUCAGGUGUCGUCUGAGGACAGAAGUGCUCUGUGGGCCUUGAUUACGUUCCACGGGGGCAAUUGCCAGCUGAACCUCAACAAGAAGUGCACACAUUUGAUUGUUCCAGAGCCAAAGGGGGAGAAAUACGAGCGUGCUGUCAAGAGAGCAAGUAUUAAGAUUGUCACUCCUGACUGGGUCCUGGACUGCGUGACUGAGAAGAGCAGGAAGGAUGAAGCCUUUUAUCAUCCUCGUCUGAUCAUCUAUGAGGAGGAGGAAGAGGAGGAGGAGGAGGGAGACAACGAGGAGCAGGACUCUCAGAACGAGGGCAGCACUGAGGAGAAGUCGAGUGCGGCCAGUUCUCCAGAAGCCUCUCCUGCUGACCAACCCUUCUCACCCAAGCCCAGAGCCGAGGUGUCCAAAGGGGAGUUGAUGUUUGAUGACUCUUCUGAUUCAUCCCCCGAAAAGCAGGAGCGGAGCUUGAACUGGGCCCCUGCUGAAGCCCCGCCACUCACCACGGCCCAGCGCAGGCUGCCUCAGGGAAAAGGGCCGGGACUUAUUAACCUGUGUGCCAAUGUGCCACCUGUCCCCGGGGACAUCCUGCCUCCUGACAUGCGGAGUAACUUGAUGGCUGCUGGACAAAACCUCCAGGGUUCUGAGCGAUCAGAAAUGCUAGGGGCCUGGAGCCCAGCCGUCCGGACGUUGCGAAAUAUCACAAACAACGCCGACAUGCAGCAGAUCAGUCGACCAUCCAAUGUUGCGCACAUCUUACAGUCCCUUUCAGCACCCACAAAAAACCUAGAGCAGCAGGUGGCGCAUGGCCAGCAGGGACACCCCACUGCCAGUGCUGUGCUGUUUGGCCAGUCUAAAGGCGCUCCCGAGACCCAAGUGUUGCAGCAGCACCAUCCUCAGAAGCAGGACUCUCCCCGGCCCCAGCCUUCCCCCCAGCCGCCAUCUCAUCAGUUCUCUCCGCAAGUCCAUCAGCACCCGUUCCCUCAGCAGCAGCUCCAGUUUCCACAGCAACCGUUACACCCUCAGCAGCAGAGACAUCGUCCUCAGCAGCAGCUGCAGCCAUUUCAGCAGCAGCAUGCCUUGCAGCAGCAGCUCCAGCAGCUGCAGCAGCAGCAGCAGCAGCAGCUCCAGCAACACCAGUUAGCACACCACCAGCAGCAGCAGCAGCAGCAGCAACAACAGCAACACAACCUUCUCCAGCAGCAGCAGCAGCAGCAGCAGCAGCUCCAACGCCUGCACCAGCAGCAGCAGCAGCAGCAGAUGCAGAAUCCAGCAGCACACUUGAGUCAAACACCCCAGGCACUACAGCACCAGGUUCCACCCCAGCAGCCCCUGCAGCUGCCCCUGCAACCCCCGCCGCCACCGCCGCCGCCACCGCCGCAGCAGCAGCAGCAGCAGCAGCUCUUUGGACAUGACCCAGCAGUGGAGAUUCCAGAAGAAGGCUUCUUGCUAGGAUGUGUGUUUGCAAUUGCGGACUAUCCAGAGCAGAUGUCGGAUAAGCAGCUGCUGGCCACCUGGAAAAGGGGUGCAGUACAGCCGGUACACCGCCUUCAACCUUCCGGACCCCUUUGCGCCCACUCCUCACUUGGUCCUAAGUCUUUUAGAUGCAUGGAGGGUCCCAGUGAAGGUGACUGCAGAGCUCUUGAUGGGUGUAAGAUUACCCCCUAAGCUGAAACCGAAUGAGGUUGCCAACAUCCAGCCUUCUUCUAAAAGAGCCAGAAUCGAGGACCUGCCACCUCCCACUAAGAAGCUGAGUCCAGAGCUGAUGCCUUACGUGCUUUUCACGGGAUUUGAGCCUGUUCAAGUUCAGCAGUACAUUAAGAAGCUGUACACCCUGGGCGGGGAAGUUGCCGAGUCCACGAAGAAGUGCACCCAUCUCAUCGCCAGCAAGGUGACUCGGACCGUGAAGUUCCUGACGGCCAUCUCUGUGGUGAGGCACAUCGUGACUCCGGAGUGGCUAGAGGAGUGCUUCAAGUGCCAGAAGUUCAUCGAUGAGCAGAACUAUAUCCUGCGAGAUGCUGAGGCAGAAGUGCUCUUCUCUUUCAGUCUGGAAGAGUCCUUAAAGCGAGCCCACGUUUCUCCCCUCUUUAAGACAAAGUAUUUCUAUAUCACCCCUGGCAUCUGCCCGAGCCUUGCAACAAUGAAGGCCAUUGUAGAGUGUGCAGGGGGCAAGGUGCUGGCCAAGCAGCCAUCCUUCCGGAAGCUCAUGGAGCAUAAACAGAAUAAGAGUCUGUCAGAGAUCAUUUUAAUAUCCUGUGAGAAUGACCUGCACUUAUGUCGAGAGUACUUUGCCAGAGGAAUAGAUGUUCAUAAUGCGGAGUUUGUUCUGACGGGAGUGCUCACACAGACACUGGACUACGAAUCAUAUCCUUUGCAUAGUGGGGACAGGCAAGGAUGACGGUGUAUUUGCAGUUUGAAAAGGGGACACCACGGUUCUUGUCACCUUUUCCUUGCUGUUACAGAAUGUGCAGUCAGCAGCCCUUUUGAGAGCUGUCAACAGGUGACAAACUAAGGACCCUUCUGGCUUAUUUAGGUGUUCGAGGAUUUGACAGUUACACCCCAUAGAAAAUGAUUCAAGCCAGUGCUUGAGAGGUGUGUUCUACACUCCACAGCUGUGAGGUGGGCAAUGGCAGAGCUGGGUAGGAGCAUUGUGUGAAUGACAGAUGUGACUGGGUAAGUGAAUGGCUAAAGGCUCUUCGGGCUCUCAGAGAAUAAGUGAGGCCUGUCGGACAGUUUACAGUCUGUGUCAGAACAUCUAAAACAGUAUUAGUUUCAGAGGGGUUUCACUCUGUUGCAGCCUGGCCUGGCACUGUAUCCCAGCCUGGCUUCAACCUCACAGCAACCCUCCUGCUUUGUCCUUGAGUGCUGCCGUGAGCAUUGCAGGCAUGGGCCACCAUGCCCAGCUGAGGCAGGUACUUUAGUGUGUGAUCAGCCCCCAUGUUUCAUGUUUUGCAGCCAGGUCAGAGUGACAUCACCCUUGGUCCUUAAGCUGUGUGGUGUCACCAGCUGAGUGCAUUCACCAAACACUUGCUCUUGGCCUCAGAGAGCUUAGUAAAAUACGGGCUAGAAGACUCAGCUAGGUGGCACUGGGGACAAAGUGAGGGCUCUGGCAGGGAGCCUCCUGGGUAGCCACCGAGCUGGGGGCAGUGAGUGCUGCAGUGUCUGGUCUAUGCAGCAUGUCCUCUGUGUCUGCUGCAGGCUGUUCCCAGAGAACAACGGCCCCAAGCUUACUUUCCAGUGGUUCUCCACCUGUGAGUCACCACCCCUGGGAGGGUCAAAUGAUCCUUUCACAGGGAUCGCAUGUCAGAUAUUUACAUUAUGAUUCAUAGCAGUAGCAAAAUUACAGUUAGGAAGUAGCAACUAAAUAAUUUUAUGAUUGGGGUAACCACAUCAUGAAGAACUACUGUGUUAAAGGUCUUAGCAUUAGGAAGGUUGAGAACCACUGCGAGCCUAAAAGUUGCCCACAGAAGACGUUAGGGUGACAGCCCUCUUGAGGACAUGUUUUUGUGGUAGCUUUUGGAACAUCAGGAGUGUGUAUUGGAUUGGGCUUUAGCUCUGAACCUUGUGUCAGGUAGAGUGUGUGGGGGAGUUUCCUAAGACCUGGGUACGGAAGUGUGCAGUGGGGCUGACUGUCUUGAAUGCAGACGGAGGUGGUCACUAGAACUGCCUCUUUCCCAUGGGGACUCUGGCUGGAUGGGACCCUGCUACCUUGUGUGUGAAAACCGUUUUCCUCAACAA